CAAUUUAUGAUAUAUAAUUAUAUUCACACGAUGAAGCUUUACUCGCUCUUUGGUCUUUCCUUUGCCAUACUCUUUUCAGGGGCUCAAAUGGUAACCAUAACCGUCAAAAACAACUGCGCAUUCACUAUCUGGCCGGCAACCCUUACCGGCGGAGGUGGAGCUCAGUUGCCAAACACUGGAUUCGAGUUACCCUCCCAAGAAGAAGAGCCCAUUGAAGUUCCAGCAACAUGGACAGCAGGCGUCAUCUGGGCUCGAACCCAAUGCUCUGGAAGUUUCACUUGCGCCACUGGAGACUGUGGGUCGGGCCAGGUCGCUUGCAAUGGUGCCGGUCCAAAGCCACCUGCAACCCUCGCAGAGUUCACUUUAGGCGCAAACGAUGGACAAGAUACCUUUGAUGUCAGCCUCGUAAAUGGCUUUAACUUGCCGGUUUCAAUAGCCCCACAAGGCGGCUCCGGUCCGAUUUGCACCACAACGAGCUGUGCGGCAGACGUGAACGCAGUUUGCCCGCCGGAUCUGGUUGUUCCAGGAUCUGAUGGGAAUACCAUCGCUUGCAACAGCGCUUGCGACGUUUUCGGUAAUCCUGAGUUCUGUUGCACUGGAGAUUUUGACUCAGCCGAGACAUGUGAGCCGUCGGAGUUCUCGAUGGUCUUCAAAGAACAGUGCCCUCAGGCUUAUAGUUAUGCUUUUGAUGAUGAAACUAGCACCUUCGUCUGCAGUGGCGGACCUGAUUAUCGUGUCACCUUUUGUCCAUUGUCGCAGCCGUUUCGAGUAGAUUCAAAAUUAGACUUUGACUCGAGUAUAUAAGUUAAAGUUGUCACCGAUCAUUUAUUUUUAAAAUAAAAAUUAGGUUGAUCGGAUAUCUUAGUUUAUUUUCUUAUCAGAUUUGCGUCUUACAAAAAAUAUAUCAGGUUCGAGAGUCGGUUAUAGUCAAAUAAUGAUUAAUACCCUUGUACUGUCCUUUCGAUAUAAACUUAAUUUUCAGUUGUUUUAA